AAUUCCAACUGUGAGGUUGGAAAAAGGCAAUGAGGCAGCAAAUUAAGCCAGCAACUUGUUUACUAAUAAGUUAUUUUGUACAAAUUCAUCUACUAACAAUCACACUAACACUACAUUGUAUUUAUUUGUGGCAAUACUGAGGCACCGCAGACCUAGUGACGCAAUUUGCAACAACUCAACGAGAGGUUUGACACCAAGCUCCAGCGCAGCCGCCUUUCAAAGGCAUUUCAUUCAUUCAUCAAAUGGGCAACUUACUCUCAUUUGAUACGUUUGUGGAUGUCUGCUGCAGAAAUGAGCGUGGUGUGGCAUGAAGUUUAGCAAGUGCAACGCGAAUGCUCGUAAGAGAUUGUUUAUGUUUAGGGCUGUUGCAGGCAAACCGUAUCAUAUUAUGAUAACUUAAUUUAUGUACUAGUGAGAAAUUUUGUAGUUUAUAAAAAUAACUGCCACAGAGCCGACAGUGCUCAGUCGAAAUGCGCGUGUGCAAUAUAACGGUUCGUAGUUGAAACAUAUAACGGGCGGCUCUAGUUGCGCGAAUUGUAUAAAAAUACAAACCAUCAUAACUACACACAUACUUUCAUACAAAUCUACGCGCAUGCGCACAUUUGCAAGUGCAAGUCAAGUGUGGCAAGUGGCAAAUAAAAUUUACUAACGCCGUACCUAGCGAGGUUCAAAUUCAAUUACACUAUUUCGGAUAGUUUUUUAUGAAAUGCAGUGAAGUAAAGCGCUACAACAACAAAAGAGUGUAAUAAUAGCCUCACAGGCAAAAAUAAAGAAAGUCAAACGGUGGUGGCCUUUCGCCUCAUAACGCAAAAAAAGUGCUGACAACAACAAAGCAAGCAUUUAAGUAAACAAUAAAAGCGGAAAUAGUUAAAUAAGUGAUGAUUUCACACACCAACAAAGUGCCAAUGCUUCAAAUGCUGCUGCUAACGUGCCUAGUGGAGCGCUACACCGCCACCAGUUGGCGGCAAGUGAAACCAAUGUAUCUGCUAUCCAUGUACGAGCCGUCCGAUGAUUAUUCUAGUGAGCCGUUGGUUUUAAGUUUAGAAACAGACGCCGACGCAGAAGACGACAUGCGGUUGCAACGCACGCCUGCGAUGGAUCGUAUUUUUGGCGGCAGCGUUGCCAAGCGUCACAGCUUUCCAUAUCAAGUCGGUUUGUUGUUGCAGCGGCCGAAGGGGCUGUACUGGUGUGGUGGUGCGUUGAUUUCGGAUGAAUAUGUCUUGACUGCGGCACAUUGCGUUGAUAUGGCUAAGCGUGCUUUAGUGUUUCUUGGUGCGCAUGAGAUUAAAAACGCCGACGAAAUGGGCCAAGUGCGCAUUAUGGUUAAGCGUAAUAGUUUCAUCAUAUACCCAUCGUGGAAUCCGCGACGUCUCAAAGAUGACAUCGCUUUGGUGCGCUUGCCAGUGCCGAUCGAAUUUAAUGACCGCAUACAGCCGAUUCCAUUGCCGCGUCGCAGUUAUGAGUACCAAGACUUUGAAAAUAAAUUAGCCAUCGCUUCCGGCUGGGGACGCUACGCGAUGGGCGCGCAUGCUAUAAGCAACGUGCUACGUUAUGUGAGGCUGCGCAUAAUCGACGGUUGGACCUGCAAACGCAGUUUCCCGCUCUCAUAUCACAGCACUAAUAUCUGCACGAGCGGUAAGUAUGCGCGUUCCACAUGCAACGGCGAUUCUGGCGGUCCACUGGUUGUACGACGCAAACAUACGAAAAAACGUAUACUCGUCGGUCUCACCUCAUUCGGCAGUAUAUAUGGCUGCAAUCUCGGCUAUCCGGCGGCAUUUACGAAAGUCGCUUCAUACCUGGACUGGAUUAAUGAUGAAACCGGCAUUGAGUUGUGGCAUGAAUCAUCGAACGCGAUUGUUUUCAAGAAAAUGUUAAAAGAUUACGAACGAAAGCAACGCCGAUACAAAUACCCAAAGGAGGACUCAACGAUGGAAGAUGAGGAAGACUGGAAUGACAGCACAGAACAGAUACCCGAAUUUACACCAGCACGCCUGAAUCGCCCAUCCAGGGUUGGCCGCACGUCGUAUACUUUAAGACCGCCAAGGCAAAGAGUGCGUUAUGCGCCGCCAAGAAGUUAUCGAAAAUAUAUUUUCUUGUGAGAUUUAAUUCGCUGCAAAUAAAGUUGUUUUCCAUGAUUCAUAUUCUGUAUAUAUUUUUGUUUUUUUUCAAUACCUCGGAAGCCUUUAAUAGCAUUUUUUUAAUAAAACAAGCCUUUCAAAACUGGGAGCAGACUCGAUUAUUUAAUCGGACGGAAACUGGCGCGAAUCCAAUCAGAUCUUUAUUGAACGCAAACCUGCUACUUAAACUGCAGACUAUCUGACGCGUUCACCAUUGAACCUUCGAAUAAAUUUGACACCUGGUUGAAGUAAUUUACAAUUCAUCGCAGGCUAGUUCGAUAAGACCGACAUAAAUUUAAGGAACCGAUAACGGAAUAAUAUAAUACCUUGAUUUCAU